UUGUGCGGAGGUAGAAGGAAAUGAGACAGAACUAAAUCGAAGGAAAGAACAUGGAUCGAUUUUUGGACUCCAACAUCGCGCAAUUGCAGUCGGAGAACAUCAGGGACGUGGUGCUCGCCGUAGAGACCCUCUUCGAGCAUGCGCACACCUCGAACCAUUUCUCUGCUCUCCGCAAAGAUCAGUUUCGGGUUCGCGGGGGGAUACCCUUGUUGUGCAACCUCCUCAAGUCUACCUCCUGGUAUGUGCGCAUUUAUUCAUGCAGCGCACUCGGAGAGCUCGCCUUCGGCAACGAGGAGAACGCGCAGGCCAUCGUCGAGACUGAAGGGGCGCUACAGAACCUGGUGGAGCUACUGUCCUACGGUCACAACAGGAUGAAGGAGGACGCGGCCCUGGUCCUCAACAACUGUGCCGCAUUCUGUGAGAGAGUGUGCCCCAAGAUCGUUAGCUGUGAGGGACUGCUGGAUGCUCUCAAGAACUCCUUGGUUUCAGGUCCACGAAGGGUCCGGUCCGUGGCGGUGGGAGCUAUCAACUGCAUCUCUCGGUGCGAGGCGGCGCGACAGAGCCUGAUCGAUGGCGGGUUUGUGGAUGUGCUCUAUGACCUGCAGGAGGCCUGCGACGACGUGAACACCAUGCAGAACGCUCGCGCGGUCCUGGCCAUCUUGAACCUUGUGGGAAGCGUGGAUGAGGAGAGGCUGCCGGAAGGUAGUUUCAACGCGAUCCUCGACUGCAUCGUCAAGAUGUUCAAGUCAUCGUUGGAGGGCAGAGUGUGGUCGGGCAUCCACUUUGCACCUUACAGCAUCCUGUGCCCGUUGAGAAGCCUGGUGGCCAGCAAGAGGGCAGCUGGACUUCUCAUCGAUAAGGGGAUCCUCUUCUUGUUGGCAGAGUAUUUGUCAACCUGGCAAAAGGAUCAGUCUCCGUACUUCCAUCAGGAUCGGAGCAUUGUGUAUGCACUACAGGCUGUGGUGGAGUUGAGUCGCAACAUGGAAAGUCAGAUCCACGUGAAGGGGAGCAGGGUCGUCCAGGCUCUCAUGUUGGUCUGCGAGACGGGGAGAGGUGAGCCGGAAGGUUGUAGGAGGGAAGCGGAGCAGGCGAUAGAUCACUUUAGUAGCUUCCAUCUGGCAUUAUGGAUGAGUCAGCACCCACGACUCGGUGGCAACUCGCACUUGAGCCUGCUAGACGAUUACCUGCUCGGAAUGAUUUCGCGCAGGGCCUUGGGAGUGGAGUAGGAGGGGUUAAUACGAGCAAGUGGGACUUUUUCUGUGUGCUUGUACUUGUAUUUUGAUGUACUGAAUAAACAGCUUUGUUUUG